AUGGCUCGAUAUGUAUACAUGUUAAAUUCCGUAUAUCCAGCUUCACAUAUUAGAAUGCAUAAAUCCGAGGAUAAUAAGUUUAUGUAUUUGUUCAUUGCAUUGCAACCUUUGAAGAGUGGAUUUGAGUAUUGCAGGCCUGUAGUUGUGGUUGAUGGUGCGGAUUUGAGUGGAGCAUAUAAAGGUACAUUUAUUUCCGCAAGCACUCUUGAUGGAGCAGGACACAUUCUGCCGAUUGCGUAUGGUGUUGUUGAUAGUGAAAAUGAUAAUUCAUGGACUUGGUUUUUUGAGAACUUCAGAAUUGCUUUUGGAAAGCGCGAUAGUAUAUGUGUUGUAUCUGACCAUCAUGAAAGCAUAAUAAAGGCUGUGAGUGUUGUAUAUCCAAAUGUGCCACGCCUAGCAUGCAUUUGGAACUUGUGGAAGAAUGUUUGUACAAACUUCAGGAAGAGUAAAGAUAGACUUAGCGAUAUUUACUAUGCUAUGGCCAAGACUUACCACAAAGAUGAGUUUGAUUUUCUUUGGAAUCAAGUUGGGAAGAUUGAUAAGAGGGUAAAGUCUUAUCUUGAGGAUUCUGGAUUUGAAAAGUGGGCACGCGUGUAUGCACCAGUUAAUCGUGGUAGAAUGAUGACUUCAGAUAUAGCGGACUGCAUAAAUGAUAAAUUAAAGCUAGCACGUGAUUUGCGGAUAAUAGAAUGUUUGGAGCAGGCUAGGAAAUUGUUUGGAAAGUGGAAUUACAAGAAUAGAGAAAGAGCAUUAUAUGCAAACACAUCACUUGGUAGUAGAUUUGAAGGAAUUCUUCAGCUAAAUACUUCAAAAUCUACAAGGCUUGAGUUUAGUGCGUCAUCAAUAUAUGUAUAUUCUGUUUAUAAUGAAGGGAGGAAGUACAGAGUAUGUCUUGAUAGGAGGACUUGCUCUUAUGGUAGAUUCCAAUUGGACAAGAUAACAUGUGAACACGCGAUUGCUGUACUAAAAAGCAAGCAUGUAGUUGAUAUGAAGCCUUAUUGUUCAGAGUUUUAUUAUUCUGAAACAUUAAGGAAGACAUAUGAAGAAUCUAUAUUUCCAAUGCCCGAUAAUAAGGACUAG